CUCGCGAAGCCGAGACUCCAAUUUCCAGUGCGUCCUCCUCGAAAGUAGGAACGGAGCGGGCGUAACGAAGCCAGGAGUGGCGGAAGCCGCUGACCUCUAGGGACAGGUACAAAGAGGGCUCCUGGCCGGGCGUGGGCUCAGACGUCACCCCAGAACUGAUGCUGAGUGGGCUGCAAGUCCGAUUUCUGGUCUCCCGGCGCAUGUCCGGCUGCGUCCAUCUGUCCAGUGGCAGCGCAAAGAGGGCCGGAAUGGAGGGCCCUGUGGAAGCAACGAUAAGAGCGAAGCUGGAGCAGGCCCUGAGCCCGGAGGUGCUGGAGCUUCGCAAUGAGAGCGGUGGCCACGCCGUGCCCCCCGGCAGUGAGACCCAUUUUCGAGUGGCCGUGGUGAGCUCCCGCUUCGAAGGGCUGAGCUCCCUGCAGCGCCACCGAUUGGUCCAUGCCGCCCUGGCCGAAGAACUCGCAGGGCCCGUCCACGCGCUGGCCAUCCAAGCUCGGACCCCUGCCCAGUGGAGAGCUAACCCCCAACUGGAUAUCAGCCCUGCCUGCCUAGGGGGGAGUAAGAAAGACAUCCGGGGUGUCUCCUGAAACCGCGGAGAAGAGAGGACACAUUUAUUCUAGAUUUGUGGGAGGAGGCAACGACUGAUCGGGGGCCUGCCUUCCCAAAAUAAAAAUGUGAUUGUGUCUCA